AUGGCACCACGGAAUUCGCGACGUAAGCUGCGUUUGAGGGGCUAUGCAAUUAAACGUGCUCUGCAGAAGAAUCGAAAAUCCAAAUCGAUGGAAAAGCGUUCGAUGGAAAAAGUGUCGCCAGUGGUGCCGGAACAAUUGCGCUCCGCAGCGCUGCGCGUGCAGGCCCGCAGUCGAGCUCGUGAGCUGACACCAAUCGUAGCAUCAUCGUUGGCGAGCCGUUCCUCUUGGAGGAAUAAUGAGCGCUCAUCCAGAACCAACACUGAGCGCAGCUCCUCAACUUUCUCGUCUUCGCCCAAGCGGCGUGAGUUGAUUUUCGAUUUUCGCCGUGAGCGUGACGAUAAGAAUCGUGUUGAAUUGGGGCGCGACAAGUCAUGCAGUCGGCCACGCAGUCGCAGUCCGCUACGAAAGUCACGCAGCGGCAGCAAGAUUGCUAAUUUAGUGGAGUUCAAUCGUGGUUUUUACGAUGAGCAUCCGUACACGAAGAGCCGCCACAGGAGCGUCAUAAACGCCUAUCGUGAGGAGCACGACAUUUUUGUUCACAUUAGCGGCGGGCACCGCCGCGAUGCAAUCUCGAAGGGAUUGAAGCCCAUUCUGAGCUUCUUGGAGGCACCGUUCUCGGAAUAUGUGCUUCACAAGCUGCGCCGCCAAAACUUUGACGGGCCAACACCCAUUCAGGCCCAGGGCUGGCCAGUGGCACUGAGUAGCUCCAAUAUGGUGGGCAUCGCUCGCACCGGCGCGGGCAAAACUUUGGCUUACAUCCUGCCGGCUCUGACGCACAUUAGAGCGCAGCCUAGUCUGCGCCGUGGCGAGGGACCCAUCGCCCUGAUUUUGGUGCCAACACGAGAGCUGGCCCAGCAAAUCCAGAAGGUGGUCUUCGAUUAUACGGAUCCGCACAAGGUGCGCAGCAUCUGUGUCUUUGGCGGCUGCUCAACUACGGUUCAACUGAGCGCCAUUCACCGCGGCUGCAAGAUUGUGGUGGCCACGCCGGGUCGCCUCAUUGAUUUUCUGAUCCAGGGCCAGAUUAGUUUGAAUCGCUGCACCUAUCUGGUACUCGACGAAGCCGAUCGUAUGCUGGACAUGGGUUUUGCGCCGCAAAUCAAGCGCAUCCUGGCGGACACACGUCCCGAUCGCCAGAUCCUAAUGUGGUCCGCCACUUGGCCUCUAAAUGUGGAGAGAUUGGCACGCGGCAUUAUGAAGAGCUUUACGCUCAUCAAUGUGGGAUCCCUGGACCUAACGGCCAACCCUAACAUCACCCAAAUGGUGGAAGUUUGCGAGGAGAAGGAGAAACUAAUGCUACUGAAGAAGUUCCUCACCGAAAUCUACGAUAUCAGCGACGAACCUGGCAAGAUUUUGAUCUUUGCGGAGCGCAAACGACGCGUGGACGACUUGGUUCAGUACAUAGCCAGCUUCGAUGUGCGCUGCGAAUCCAUCCACGGUGACAAGAGCCAGAUGGAGCGUGACUUCGUUUUGCGUGACUUCCGGAACGGACUCUGCAACAUUCUGGUGGCCACAGAUGUGGCAUCGCGUGGCCUCCAUGUGCCCGGCAUCAAGUUUGUUAUCAAUUACGACUUCCCCCACUCCACCGAGGGUUACAUCCAUCGCAUCGGGCGCAGCGGACGCAGUAAUACGAAAGGCACUGCCAUCAGCCUCUUUACCAUCAACAAUGUCCGUUUGGCCCAGCCCCUCAUCGAGGUGCUCCGCGAGGCCAACCAAGAUAUCAACCCUCAGCUGCGUCGUCUAGCCGAUGUUUAUAGCUCCAGUAAAUGGCGUCGUCCGUUCGCAAGUCGGCGAUAAGCAUUACGCUCCAAAAUUCCCAAACACACAUACACACAC